GGGCGACUGCUUGCUUGGAUGAUUUGUGCUUUUUGUAAACAAUAGUGCCGAAUGAAGAACAUUAUUGCAAGCGAAAAAAUCAACAAUUGUAAAGGAAAAUGCCAAAAUCCUAGAAAACUGAAACAACAGCAGUGCGGAUAUGUGACGCAAAAUAACCCAACCACCGACACAGCACCUAUCGAUCCACACGUUAUCUGCAUUGAUCGAUUUAGCAUACAAGCAGCGUGCAAAUUUGGUUCACUUUGCGUUAGAACGUUAGCCUGCUUGGAGGAGAAAAGAAGAUUUACGGCGCGCGUAGCUUGGUCGGGAAGUUGAAGAGUGGUGAAGCUCCGAUAUGAUCCAAAACAAGAAAUUAGUCUAUGUCGGUGGACUGGCUGAAGAAGUGGAUGAGUCCGUUAUUAGAGCUGCUUUCAAUCCUUUUGGUGAAAUUAACGAUGUGCAAAUCCCUUUGGACUACGAAACGGAGAAGCAUCGGGGAUUUGCUUUUAUCGAAUUUGAGUUAGCAGAAGAUGCAGCUGCGGCGAUUGAUAACAUGAACGAUGGAGAACUUUUUGGAAGAACGAUUCGCGUAAACGCCGCGAAGCCGAUGUCCAUCAAGGAAGGAUCGUCUAGGCCUAUAUGGAACGAUGAUAAGUGGUUAGCAAAACAUUCUGCUGGUGGAGAUGAUUCUAUGACACAGCAGGCCAACCAACCACAGGAUUUAGAAAGAACGGACGGACAUGAAGAAGAACCAUUACAGGAAGUUAGCAUGAAGCAAGCGGUAGACCAUGCGAAACGAGAAAAUCCACAGGUGUAUUUCGAUAUCUCGAUAGGGGGGCAGCACGUUGGACGUAUUCGCAUCAUACUUCGUCGUGACGUUGUGCCGAAGACAGCUGAAAAUUUUCGAGCUCUUUGCACGCAUGAAAAAGGUUUUGGCUUCAAAAAUUCUAUCUUUCAUCGAAUUAUUCCAGGUUUUAUGUGUCAGGGCGGUGACUUCACGAAUAAGAACGGAACAGGAGGACGGUCAAUUUACGGACGAAAGUUUGAGGAUGAAAAUUUUACGCUUACCCAUACCGGACCAGGCAUCCUUUCCAUGGCAAAUUCAGGGCCCAACAGCAAUGGUUCGCAGUUUUUCAUAACAACCGGACGGACAGACUGGUUAGACGGAAAACACGUUGUCUUUGGACAAGUAGUUGCGGGAAUGGAGAUUGUACGCCGGAUGGAAAGGGCAGGAAGCUCGUCUGGAAAAACGUCAAAGCAGGUGGUUAUCAUCAAUUGUGGAGAAGUUGUAUAAAGCCGGCUCAACAUAGAAACAAAAUUAAUAAACUCAUCUGUUAAGAAAUGUUUAAGCGAUUAGUUAGCGUACAUCUUAGAAAUUUAGUCCGUAUUAAAUGUUUGCUACUGAUUUAGAGCUAUGUAUUUACGCUAUAUACUGAAAGUAAAUAAAAUACGA